GUCAUUAGUAAUUGCUGCUUCUGCAGCUUUUCUUCCUGAAGGCAAUAUCUUGGGGGAUGUUAUCAAGCAGGAUAUUGACUUCUUGUAUAUUAUUGGUGCUGGAGGUUUAGGUUUAUCAUUAUUACUGAUUCACAUAUACAUCACUCCUAUUAAAUGCUUCCUCCAAGCUUUAUGGGCAAUUGGUGUUUUUGGAUCUGUUGGAACCUAUCUAACUCUUGCUCAACCUCUUGAUGAGAGCUUGGUAAGAUAUGUCAUAGACAACCCAGCCGCCCUGUGGUACGUUGGGCCUCUCUUUGCAGCAUUGACUGGUCUUGUCUUUAAAGAAGAUUAAAUGGCUAUCAUGUAAUGACACCUCAUUGAAUCCAGAUCCCAUUCUGUCUAUUGAACGAGUUCCAGAUCUCAUUGUUCUCCAGUUCUUUAUCAUCGUCCCAGUUUCCCUUCCCCUCUCUUCUAAUCCACACUAGAAUCCUGUACGGCUUUCAGCGGUGGUGGUGCGAUGCUAUCCAGCUUAUGGAAGAAUCCCAUUAGACCCCUCUCUUACGGCCUCUUCCUCCUUAUCCCCUUCCUCACAGCAGUCUUCUUCUCUUCCUCCAACCCCUUCUCCGCUUCCAGCUCCUUCAAGUCCUUUUCAUGGGAGAAAUCGGAAAUCUGGAGCGCCCGUAGGGUGGUCGACUGGAGGCCUUGCGACUGGUGGAAAACUGGAGCUUUAGCUGCUUUGCCAGUGAGGAGCAAUGGCUUCAUCAGGGUGGACUGCUAUGGCGGCCUCAACCAGAUGAGACGCGAUUUAUGUGAUGGCAUUGGGAUAGCUCGGCUUUUGAAUGCCACUCUAGUUUUGCCGAAAUUUGAGGUCGCUGCUUAUUGGAAUGAAUCGAGUGGCUUUGCAGAUGUGUUCGAUGUAGACUACUUUAUUCAUCAAACAAGAGGUUACAUAGAAGUCAUUAAAGAGUUGCCAAAGGAAAUUGCAUCAAGAGAGCCAUUCAAAAUUGACUGCAGCAAACGGAAGGGAAAUUUUGACUAUGUUGAAGCAGUCCUUCCUGCUCUGUUGGAACAUCGCUAUAUAUCUAUCACACCAGCUAUGAGCCAAAGAAGAGAUAGAUAUCCAUUGUAUGCUAGAGCUGCCCUUUGUCAAGGUUGUUACAAUGCACUGCGCCUCAACAAGGCCUUGGAAGCUAAGGGUUCUCAGCUUCUUGAAGCCAUACCGAAACCCUUCCUAUCCCUUCACCUAAGAUUCGAGCCGGACAUGGUAGCCUAUAGUCGGUGUGAAUAUCCUGGGCUUUCUUCCACAUCUUUGGAAUCCAUUGAAGCUGUUCGUGGGGAUAGAAAACCAUGGACUGGUGAGGCUGCUAGUGUGUGGAGGAACCGUGGGAAGUGCCCUCUAACACCAAAAGAGACUGCAUUUAUUCUCCAAGCUCUGAAUAUUCCAACAAACACAACUAUCUAUCUGGCAGCUGGGGAUGGCAUAAUGGAAAUCGAAGGCUUUACAUCUGUGUAUACUAAUGUCUAUACUAAAUCUUCCCUUCUAAGUAGUAAAGAUUUUGUUCAAAUGCAUGGCAACACAAAAGCUGCCAUGGAUUACCAUGUUUCAAUAAACAGUGAUGCUUACAUUGCAACUUAUUUUGGGAACAUGGAUAAGAUGGUGUCAGCAAUGAGAGCACUGAAGGGGCUCUUUAAAACUCUGGCUUUGAGCAGGAGGGAUUAUGCAAACUAUACUGCACAGGGGCUAUGGGGUGAAGAGUUGGCUAAAGCCACGUGGAAGGCUCACAGAGAGGAUUUUGUGAUGGGUAUGGGGACUGCUUUACCUGAUUGUUUCUGCGAGCUCAGAUUGUGAUAGUUUAUUUAUUUUUUUGUAAUACGCAAGAGUGCUACGGCGAGUUUCUUCUUUGAUAAUGCAGAAUGCAAACAUUUUUUUUCAGCGAAGAAGAUUGCAGAUAUUUAUCAUUAGUCACAAUAGAAAAUGGUUAAUAGGUUCCUUCUUACU